GCGCUCAGGGUGGACCCACAGCCAAAGCACUGGGGCCCAGGAAUAGGCCAUGUUUCGUGGAGCACCAGGGUUAGGUAUCAGAGGCCUGAAAGGGGUCGAGGGCCCCGUGGAGGACUUAGGGGACUCUUGCCCCGAGGCUGCGAGGGAUUUUGGGGUAUUGAAGGAGAACGGCGCCCCCCGCGGGCUGGGAGAGGCAGAGGAGACAGCGGGCAGAAAGCGCGCCAGGCCGGUGCGCUCCAAGGCUCGGCGCAUGGCUGCCAACGUGCGGGAGCGCAAGCGCAUCCUGGACUACAACGAGGCUUUCAACGCGCUGCGGCGGGCGCUGCGGCACGACCUGGGCGGCAAGAGGCUCUCCAAGAUCGCCACGCUGCGCAGGGCUAUCCACCGCAUCACCGCGCUCUCGCUGGUCCUGCGCGCCACCCCCGCCCCUCGCUGGCCCUGCGGCCACCUGGAGUGUCACGGCCAGGCCGCGCGCAGCAGGGCCGCGAGAGACGGGGGCUCCUUCGUGCCGCCCGCGCUGCGCUGUGCCUCGUGCUCUGCGCACACGCACCUGGUGCGGCCCCGGGCGGUGGCCGAGGCGCCGGGCUUGGCCCAGGCCUCCGGGGAAAGCUGGCGCCGAUGUUCCGGGGCGCUUUCAGCCGGGCCACUUCCCUGGCCGCGGGGCUACCUGCGAACCAGCCCUGGGCUGGGCUACCAGCACUCCUGACCCGGCCAUCAAGCACAGGCGGACCUGGCAGGAGGAUUACCUAAGGGAAGCCUGCAGAAAGCCUCCCGGGAAGAGCACAACGGGAUGGGCUGCGACCCGAGGGGGAGAGGAGGCUGCUGUGGCAGUGGGAAGGGCUCUGGGGACUGCGCCACAUCUCCACACCCCGGUGUGGGUUGGCGUCUCUGAGAGAGGAGCAGGAUCUUGCUUCGUUUUUAAGUUUGGACUUGUUGGACUCUUUUUGGAACGUGGCCUUUCUGCUCCUGUGCCUCUGAGCUCUGUUUUCUGUAGCUGCUCUUGAACUGGGAGCUUGUGUGGGAGUGUAGGUGGACAACUGCUGCGGCUUGACAGCAGUGUGGGGGCCCCCAUCCUCUGCCGGUGCUGCUGUUCCAAAUCUCACCUGGGAGAGACAGGCUGAAGGAGCGAAAUAAAAAGGAAA